AUGACGGUCGGGCACCUCAUCCGCGACACGGCAUUUGGCCAGAUCCUGCGGCUCAUCACUAAGAACCGUGUACUGCAGUAUCCGGAAGAACAGGACCCAGAGCACUGGAAGCAGUACUUGAAUCAGGAGAAGUCUGCCUAUCUCGCGCAUCACGGCACAACUGAGCCGCCAGAAGACGACAAGGCACGGCAUGAGUUGCAGAACGCUAGAGGUGUCCGCAUAAGAGAUGCUGAGGGUGACAGCCCGGCAGACUCGCGUGCCUCGAUGGCAACUAGCACAACUAUGAACGAAGCCAGUGGGGUCAUGGUCGAUCAAGAGAAGGGAAAAGAUAAGAAUCUGGUUGAUUGGUAUGGGCCAAACGACCCUGAACAUCCCAGGAACUGGUCGAAACCCAAGAAGUUUUUUGUAACAGGAGAGAUCGUUCUAUUGACGUUCAGUAUCUACAUCGGCUCUGCAAUCUAUACUCCCGGCCUCAUGGGUGUCAUGGCGGAGUUCGGUGUGAGCCAGGUCGCUGCUACACUUGGUCUCACUUUGUUCGUUGCCGGGUAUGGUCUCGGUCCGCUUAUUUGGUCUCCUCUAAGUGAGAUUCCGCAAUUCGGACGCAAUCCGAUCUACAUAGCGACACUCCUGGUGUUCGUGCUUUUCCAGAUUCCCACUGCACUCGCCUCAAACUUCGGCAUGCUGCUUGCCUUCCGAUUUCUCACGGGAUUCUUCGGUUCUCCUGCACUUGCCACAGGUGGUGCCACAAUCGCUGAUAUGUACCGCCCCUCGAAGCAGGCCUACGGUCUUAGCAUCUGGGGUAUCGGCGCCGUCUGCGGGCCUUGCUUGGGACCUCUCGUUGGAGGCUUUGCCGUUCAAGCCGAAGGCUGGACAUGGCCCAUCUGGGAACUGAUGUGGCUGUCCGGCUUCUGCUGGGUCUUUUUGUUUUUCCUGCUCCCCGAGACAAGUUCCCAGAAUAUUCUCUAUCGCCGCACGAGCAGACUCCGGAAGCUCACAGGCAAUGACAAGUUCAUCUGCGAGCCCGAACUCGUCGCCGAACAAAUGACCGGCAAAGAUAUUUUUCAAAUGACAAUCAUCCGUCCCAUCAGCCUCACACUCACCGAGCCGAUGGUUUUCCUCCUGAACCUGUAUAUCGCCCUGAUCUACGGCCUACUCUACAUUUGGUUCGAGUCCUUCCCCAUCGUCUUUGUCGAGAUCUACGGCUUCAACCUCGGCCAAGAAGGCCUCGCUUUCCUCGGCAUCCUCGUCGGUUCCCUUGUCGCCAUGGUCUGCCUAUUCUUCUACCUCUACUUCUACCAGGAAAAACAGUUCAACGAAAACGGCGAGAUCAAGCCCGAGAUUCGUCUACAGCCCGCUAUGCUUGGCGGCUUCUUUGUGCCCAUUUGUCUGUUCUGGUUCGGCUGGACUAGUCGCGAGUCGAUACAUUGGAUGGUGCCUAUCGUCGGGUCCAGUAUGUUCGGUGUUGCGGCAUUCUUGCUGUUUCAAUCGGUGCUGCCGUAUUUGUCGGAUGCGUAUCCGGCAUAUACGGCGAGUGUCUUUGCGGGUAAUGAUCUCUUCCGCAGCGCAUUUGGCGCCGGUUUCCCUCUCUUCGCGAGUGCAAUGUAUAGGAAAUUGGGUGUGAACUGGGCGAGUAGUCUGCUUGCUUUCUUGGGCAUAGCGUUCAUACCGAUUCCGUUUGUCUUGUACAUUUUCGGAGAGAGGCUAAGGAAGAGGAGCAAGCACGCAAAGAAAGACUUUUAGAUGCAUAGAGGGAUUGACCGUUUUCAACAUUAUGUUAUUCAGCGCGCGGCAGCGUUUGGCGCAUAGCAUUCGGCGAGACCAUUGUAAGAUGGCGUGUACCUGAUCCAGUCCCAGCAUUAGAUUUAAUCCCCAUG